ACCAGCGCUUCCGGAGAGAGCCGGUCCAGGGAUGCCGACUGCUUGCUAUUGCAGCAGAGACAUCAGAGUCGUAGACAGGUACUUGAAGAAGAUACACACUACGGCGGAGCCAGCAGAGCAAGGGGCCGAUCGCAUCCGCACUUCAUGCACCUCCAGACCACGCCCCGUUUGCCUCCUCCCCUGGGUCUGGUUCAACUUCAUGUCAACAAACACCAGGAGGUGCUUGUGUAUCUUUGUUGCCAGGCUCGAUGUUGUGCCUGUCAGCCGGGCCAUGUUAACGCCAGACGUCUCGUGGGGUCACUUGGCUGUGCGACCGUCUGCCUUCCCCUCCCCCAACAGGCCGGAGGUAUGCGCGAGAUCGCCCAUCUAGACUCUCUCCCUGUCCCUACCCAAGUCACAGUAGAAAAGAGAAACGCCAUCCGCUCGUUCGCUGGCGCACUCGCGAGGCCAAACGAGAAAAAAUUUGAGUGGGAAGAAGAAAAGAAGGAGAGUCUGACUCCCCACAACGUUCCGGGGAGCAAGCAUUUCUCCUCCCCUUUCACCUUCGUGCUCCCCGUCCUUCGCCCUUCACCCUCAGUAGACCAACGCCAACACCGACGCGGCAUCAUUCCCACCUGCAUACGAAAAAAGGACAGAGAGAGCUGUAGUCGAGCCCCGCACACAAACGCAACGCACCUCAGACUUGCGAUGGGCGUCUUGGCGCCGGUAAUAGAAUAGCGCUAGAAAAUAACUUGAGCCACUGGCCCCGGCAUCGGCGCCACGGCACACCUGCACCACGUUCAGGGUCUACGACGGCCUUUUUGCCCAGCUCGGAUUCUUUGUCUGACACGACGGACUCGCAGACGGAUCACGGGCCUAGGAUGAUAAAGAAAACUUGGGGCUUGCAGCAUUACUAGCGGGAACUUCGGUCUGAUACAGGACUGGAACAUACACACACCUCCCCUACUUUCUCAAUCAUCGCCACCCGUGAAUAGAAUUUACCUCCAACAAAUCGUGGAAGAGGACAAGAAACAAAAAAAAGAGGAAAAGGCCCAAGCAUAACUCUGC